UUGGGCUACAUAUCACCCUCUAGAUUGGGCUUCAUAUCACCCUCUAGAUUGGGCUACAUAUCACCCUCUAGAUUGGGCUUCAUAUCCCCCUCUAGAUUGGGCUUCAUAUCACCCUCUAGAUUGGGCUUCAUAUCACCCUCUAGAUUGGGCUUCAUAUCACCCUCUAGAUUGGGCUUCAUAUCACCCUCUAGAUUGGGGCGCUACAUAUCACCCUCUAGAUUGGGCUACAUAUCACCCUCUAGAUUGGGCUACAUAUCACCCUCUAGAUUGGGCUACAUAUCACCCUCUAGAUUGGGCUUCAUAUCACCCUCUAGAUUGGGCUUCAUAUCACCCUCUAGAUUGGGCUUCAUAUCACCCUCUAGAUUGGGCUUCAUAUCACCCUCUAGAUUGGGCUUCAUAUCACCCUCUAGAUUGGGCUUCAUAUCACCCUCUAGAUUGGGUACAUAUCACCUCUAGUUGGGCUACAUAUCACCCUCUAGAUUGGGCUACAUAUCACCCUCUAGAUUGGGCUACAUAUCACCCUCUAGAUUGGGCUUCAUAUCACCCUCUAGAUUGGGCUACAUAUCACCCUCUAGAUUGGGCUUCAUAUCACCCUCUAGAUUGGGCUACAUAUCACCCUCUAGAUUGGGCUUCAUAUCACCCUCUAGAUUGGGCUACAUAUCACCCUCUAGAUUGGGCUACAUAUCACCCUCUAGAUUGGGCUACAUAUCACCCUCUAGAUUGGGCUACAUAUCACCCUCUAGAUUGGGCUACAUAUCCACCCUCUAGAUUGGGCUUCAUAUCACCCUCUAGAUUGGCUUCAUAUCACCCUCUAGAUUGGGCUUCAUAUCACCCUCUAGAUUGGGCUACAUAUCACCCUCUAGAUUGGGCUUCAUAUCACCCUCUAGAUUGGGCUUUCAUAUCACCCUCUAGAUUGGGCUUCAUAUCACCCUCUAGAUUGGGCUACAUAUCACCCUCUAGAUUGGGCUUCAUAUCACCCUCUAGAUUGGGCUACAUAUCACCCUCUAGAUUGGGCUACAUAUCACCCUCUAGAUUGGGCUACAUAUCACCCUCUAGAUUGGGCUUCAUAUCACCCUCUAGAUUGGGCUUCAUAUCACCCUCUAGAUUGGGCUACAUAUCACCCUCUAGAUUGGGCUUCAUAUCACCCUCUAGAUUGGGUUUCAUAUCACCCUCUAGAUUGGGCUUCAUAUCACCCUCUAGAUUGGGCUACAUAUCACCCUCUAGAUUGGGCUACAUAUCACCCUCUAGAUUGGGCUUCAUAUCACCCUCUAGAUUGGGCUUCAUAUCACCCUCUAGAUUGGGCUACAUAUCACCCUCUAGAUUGGGCUUCAUAUCACCCUCUAGAUUGGGUUUCAUAUCACCCUCUAGAUUGGGCUUCAUAUCACCCUCUAGAUUGGGCUACAUAUCACCCUCUAGAUUGGGCUACAUAUCACCCUCUAGAUUGGGCUUCAUAUCACCCUCUAGAUUGGGCUUCAUAUCACCCUCUAGAUUGGGCUACAUAUCACCCUCUAGAUUGGGCUACAUAUCACCCUCUAGAUUGGGCUACAUAUCACCCUCUAGAUUGGGCUACAUAUCACCCUCUAGAUUGGGCUUCAUAUCACCCUCUAGAUUGGGCUUCAUAUCACCCUCUAGAUUGGGCUUCAUAUCACCCUCUAGAUUGGGCUUCAUAUCACCCUCUAGAUUGGGCUUCAUAUCACCCUCUAGAUUGGGCUUCAUAUCACCCUCUAGAUUGGGCUACAUAUCACCCUCUAGAUUGGGCUACAUAUCACCCUCUAGAUUGGGCUACAUAUCACCCUCUAGAUUGGGCUUCAUAUCACCCUCUAGAUUGGGCUACAUAUCACCCUCUAGAUUGGGCUACAUAUCACCCUCUAGAUUGGGCUACAUAUCACCCUCUAGAUUGGGCUACAUAUCACCCUCUAGAUUGGGCUACAUAUCACCCUCUAGAUUGGGCUACAUAUCACCCUCUAGAUUGGGCUACAUAUCACCCUCUAGAUUGGGCUACAUAUCACCCUCUAGAUUGGGCUACAUAUCACCCUCUAGAUGGGCUAAUAUCACCCUCCUAGAUUGGGCUACAUAUCACCCUCUAGAUUGGGCUUCAUAUCACCCUCUAGAUUGGGCUUCAUAUCACCCUCUAGAUUGGGCUACAUAUCACCCUCUAGAUUGGGCUUCAUAUCACCCUCUAGAUUGGGUUUCAUAUCACCCUCUAGAUUGGGCUUCAUAUCACCCUCUAGAUUGGGCUACAUAUCACCCUCUAGAUUGGGCUACAUAUCACCCUCUAGAUUGGGCUUCAUAUCACCCUCUAGAUUGGGCUACAUAUCACCCUCUAGAUUGGGCUACAUAUCACCCUCUAGAUUGGGCUACAUAUCACCCUCUAGAUUGGGCUUCAUAUCACCCUCUAGAUUGGGCUUCAUAUCACCCUCUAGAUUGGGCUACAUAUCACCCUCUAGAUUGGGCUUCAUAUCACCCUCUAGAUUGGGUUUCAUAUCACCCUCUAGAUUGGGCUUCAUAUCACCCUCUAGAUUGGGCUACAUAUCACCCUCUAGAUUGGGCUACAUAUCACCCUCUAGAUUGGGCUUCAUAUCACCCUCUAGAUUGGGCUUCAUAUCACCCUCUAGAUUGGGAG